AUGAGGUUUGGCUCUCGGUUUGCAAAUUCAUUCUUGGUGACUGCCGCCAGGUAUGAGUUGCUCGAGGCGGGCGGCAUCUUCAAAUUUGCCGGAGCACAAGUGGCAACAAGCCUUGCUCGGAUGGUUGUGUCGCAGAUUGCUGGCCUUCUAACAGACAAUUUCGCCCUCAAGCAGAUGUACGUUGCGACGGAGGCCUGUAACCUGGUGCUUGCCCUCGCUAUGUUCGCCUGCGGCCACGAGUCUGGCAGCAUGCUCUUCGUGCUGAACAUAGGCCUUGGGUUGCUCUACGCCUUCUCGCAGCCAGUCACAAAGUCAAUGCCUCCAGCAGUGACUCCUUCUCGCGAGGACCUUGCUGUCAUCAACGGUUGGGAUCUGACCUGUGACAAGGUGGGCCGAUAUCUGGCUCCAUUUGCGUAUGCCGUGAUUUCCUCCAGCCACGGAUUUAGCUUUGCCGUUUUUCUCAGUUGCCUCCUGUAUGGCACCCUUGCCUUGCUGCGGGCGUGCGUCACUGUGAUUGAGCCACCGCGAGAGCCCUCAAAGAUGGGCUCCAAGGCUACGGUUGGUCAGAAGUUGGGACGCUUAGUUCAGCAGAUCUUGGAUGGCGUCAUGUCACUCCGUCGAGAUCCCGUGCUGCGUCUUCUUAUUCUGAACACCCUAGUGACGAAUGUCUUCCUGUACCCGCUCAACUCAGUGCAUUUCCCAGUUCUUUUCAAGAGGGUAGCCGAAGCCGGGCUGGAAGACUCAGUUGUGGAUGGCUUGCUUCAAAGAUCCAUGAGCUUGCUGGACAUCAAAAAGAAAGACAUGUGGAGAAACUACAGCGCGUUAGUGUCUCUGGGCGGAGUCGUAGGUCCUUUCCUUUCCAAUGUUAUGAUUUUCCUGCUGGAGUCCUACUCUGCCAGCCACAAAUCGUGUCGACUGUGGGUCGGCAUCAACUUCGGUGUCGCUGGACAGGUUGCCACAAUGGCUCUCCUGGCGGCGAUCGUGUCUUUGAGUGGAAGACUGGGUUCAGGCCUUCUGGUUUUCAACCUCGUAAGCGCGUGGGUUCUCACCAUCUCCGUCAACAACAUAGUCACCACGUACUUCAACUCAAUUUCUCAAGAGCGGCUGCAGCAAAAUGAGCGGGGCCGUUUCAUCGCGAACAUCAUGACUAUGUUUACUCUCGGCAGCUCCUGCGGAACACUCCUCUUUGGAUGGGUUCUUUCUGUCACAUCCGAUGACAUUGCAGGGUCAGUGAACCUGCUCUUGUGCGGUUUGCUGAUAAAGGUGAUCUUGCUGGUGCUCCUCCGCAACGCAGGACAAGGUUCUUUCUCAGGAUCAGCGCAUCCCCAUGCGGAAUGA